AUGUGGGCAUUCAGCCCCGAAGCAGAUUUUUUGGAAUAUGAAUGGGGACAAUACAACUCAGAUCUAAUAUCUCAUGAAUUUAUUGGAUUACCUACCCAGGAUCGUCGGGAUGCAUGGGACGAUCUUUGGAAGACCGGGCGAUUUAGCUUUCCAUAUGAGAAACUAAGCUUGAUCAACAAGUCAACCGAGACCCAUGAAUGGUGGAGUCUGCCUCCGCCACGAGACAACGAAGUCAUCGCCAUGUCUGAAGGCAAGUACCAGCCAACCCUUUAUUAG